UCCGGGCGUACUUGGCCAUGGCCACGGCCAGCCGCCAGAGUGGAAUUGACUGGUAGCUAAAUGGAUAGAUGGGCGUCCAUCUUGAAUUUCGCAGGUUUUGUGCCGGUUAUGUGAUAGAAGUGUAAUUUGUAUAUUGAACUUUAAGUUAAUCGUUUAUUUUCAAGACCUAUAUGUAUGCUCGAAGUAAUUAUUGUUAAAACUUAGGAUAACUGCAGGAAUGUGUUAGGUUAUACAUCAAUACAAGUGACUCGUAAUUGUUCGUAAUCGCUAGUAAUGAUCCCCAGUGACAAUUUGAAAGAUUAAACAUCAAAUAACCAGUGAUUGUGAAACAUAAGAAGUGACGUUGAAAAUAUUUUUAUUCACAGUAUCAUUACUCAAGACAUAUGCGAUAUCUGGUAAAAGCAUCGUCGAUAAAACCUUAGGUUGGCAGAGGUAUCAUACGAUGGCAGUACCUAGUAGAGCUCGGGUAUAUGCCGACGUUAACUCACAAAAGCCCAGAGAGUAUUGGGAUUACGAAAGCUUUGUGGUAGACUGGGGUAAUCAAGAAGACUAUGAGUUGGUUCGAAAACUUGGGCGUGGAAAAUACAGUGAAGUAUUCGAAGCAAUAAAUAUCAAAAAUAAUGAAAAAUGUGUAGUUAAAAUAUUGAAGCCUGUUAAGAAGAAGAAAAUAAGAAGAGAAAUUAAAAUAUUAGAAAAUUUAAGAGGAGGCACAAAUAUAAUAUCAUUACAAGCUGUAGUAAAGGAUCCUGUAUCCCGCACCCCAGCACUUAUAUUUGAACAUGUCAACAACACUGAUUUUAAACAACUCUAUCAAACACUAACAGAUUAUGAUAUAAGGUAUUAUCUGUAUGAACUUUUGAAAGCAUUAGAUUAUUGCCACAGUAUGGGCAUAAUGCAUAGAGACGUAAAGCCUCACAAUGUGAUGAUUGAUCAUGAUAAUAGAAAGUUACGUCUCAUUGAUUGGGGAUUAGCUGAAUUUUAUCAUCCCGGACAAGAAUACAAUGUUCGUGUUGCUUCAAGGUACUUUAAGGGACCUGAACUCCUGGUUGACUAUCAAAUGUAUGAUUACUCAUUGGAUAUGUGGUCACUAGGAUGUAUGUUGGCAUCCAUGAUUUUCCGUAAGGAGCCAUUCUUCCAUGGACAUGAUAAUUAUGACCAACUUGUACGCAUUGUCAAAGUGCUGGGCACUGAAGAAUUGUUUGAAUACUUAGAUAAGUAUCACAUAGAAUUGGAUCCACGUUACAAUGAUAUACUUGGAAGGCACUCUCGUAAACGGUGGGAUCGAUUUGUACAUUCAGAAAAUCAGCACUUGGUGUCUCCUGAAGCUUUAGACUUCUUGGACCGUCUUUUGCGCUAUGACCAUUAUGAGCGCUACACGGCUCGUGAAGCUAUGGACCAUCCAUACUUUUAUCCCAUUGUGAAGGAGCAAGGCAGAAUGGCAUCUUCUAAUUCACCAACUCCAAAUGCAUUGCAGGGGGCAAUAAAUGCAAAAGAAUAAUAUUUUAAAUAUUAAAUAAUGCUCUUUAUAACAGUAUGUUAUGAUAUAUAUAUAUAUUCACCCGUACAAGACUCUGGAAGAUUUACAUUCGAAACUUUACGCUAAUGGAGUUCAUAAAAAAUACAGAAGGGACACAAUUGAGAAAUUACUCCUUUGUUUUGAACUCUAUUCCAGUUCUACUUUAAAGUAUAAUUUGGAAAGACAUACUUUAGUGUUUAAAUGUUAGUAAAAUCUGGUUAAUGAAUUGUUUUAAAAGUGUUUUCAUCUGAUAUAAAACCACCUCAUCAGCCCAAAAGCUUUUUUUUGGGAGAAUUUUGAAAUGGUAGUUACAUUGAUAUAAAAUGAUCCAUCAUCUUUCUGUUUUAUAUGGUAUACAUUUUGGAGUUUCAUUGCACUUGAUCUUUGCAUUUAUUAACCUAUGGUAUUAUUGUAAUUACUUGUAUGAUAUGAUACUGAUAACAUCCACAUACUGUUUUUAGAUACUGGUUAUUAACUAUGUUUUGUUGGUACUUGAGUUGAAAUUUUGUAUUUAUUUUAUAAAAGUGUAGAUAUGUGAGUAAAUACAAAAUUAUAACUUUUUCAUUAUACAUGAUUUUAAGGAAUACCAGUAAAGUUAAUUAUUAUGAAUAGUGAUGUUCAAUAACAUUGCUACUAUUAGUAUAUUUUCGAUAAGUUAGCUGUCCCUAUAAAUAUAAUAUAGUUAAAUCGAGUCAGUCUUCAGCAAAUAUGGUGAGCUACAUUGUUUUAUAAUUUAUUUUUAAUGUAAUGACUUGAAGUUGUUACAUCAAAAUUUUCUUAAUAAACAGACUAACUUUGCCUGAUAUGUUUGGAUUUCUUAUAACAUUUGUUUGUGUAAUAUUUACAUGCAGCAUCCCAAAUUAUGUCAAUAAAAUUAUAACCUUAAGAAGAUUUUUCUCUCCAAACAGCAUAAUAUAGAGCACUAGUUAACUAGAGGAGCAUAGCUUAUAAAGUGGCAAUUCGAAGCAUCAUAUCUUAUUUCAACUUGUCUAGAUUCAGGACUGCACUUGGUACAUAAAAAGUUUUUUUUUAUGUUACUUUGUGUGAACUUAAUAUAAAACUUUUUUAAUUUUUAAGGUAUAUUAAUUGUGUACUUCAAGAGUUUUUACACAUGACAAGACAUAGAUCCCAAUAUUACAGUUAUGCUUUAAAAUGUAAAUAAAUGCUGAAAAACAAAAAGUAAUCGUAAAUAUAGUACUUAGAUACUGUACCUAAGCAGAAGAUAGUUAAUUUAUAACACAAGCCACAGGAAAUAUACUGGCAAGCUUUUAAUAUGACUAAGACGUAAUUAAAUAGAUAAAUCGUUAGCUACUUUUACUAAAUAUGUUGGCCAGAAUGUGCAAAUAAAAAAAAAUGGCCAAGAAAUUAAAUAUUGUUAAAUUUAUUUCUUAAAUUUCUCGUAAUAAAACCAGCCAUUUCAAGGAAUGUGUGUAUUAUAUUAUCUGUUAGUACAGCCUGGUGCUUGCCUUUUAGUGGCAAGAACAUUCACAUGACGUACUUAUAAUCAUAUGCUAUGUGAAUAAAACAAAAUUUCAAUGCAUUAGUAUAUUUGUUUUAAAUUCAUAAUAAUUUUUGCUGCAACUGUAACAGAGUUCUUCAAAUAUAUGAGGAAAUACCUCCAUUUUAGUCACACAUUCAAAGUUGUGAGUUAGAAGACUUGCAUUGUAUUCUCCAGAAGAAACAACUUUUGAAAAUGCUGUAGCAUCAGUAGCAGUCAACUUGUCAAGUUUUGUUUUUAAAUUAUUCUGAAAGCAUAAAACUUUUAUACAAUACCUAAAUAGCAAUACCAAUGAUGAAACCAUUAGCGAACUUUAGUAAUUGGUGGAAUUUAACUUAUAUAUUGAGAGUAUGGCCACUGGUUUUAAAGGGGACAGUUGACUUAACACUAACCUGUAAAAUGUAUCAUUAUGUUUAGCUAUGGGAUAAUAACGAAAUACAAAUUGUCAUUGCACAUUUUACAAGGUGAAAUUUGGUGUAAAUUUAUAAACCUUCAUAAUGAAAAUUUGCUAUUUUUCACAUGGAGUAUAUACUGUGUUUAAAAAUCCAUUAAAUUAUUUACCUGGCAUAUUCGACAAGGUUUACCAGUGUUAUCAUCAGCAGAACUAAUUUUAUCUGCUGUUUUACAUAUUGUUGAUAUUGUAGCUGGAGAAUUUAUUUCCAAGUCUGAUAUAAAAUUUGUUAUGAGUGACUGUAAAUCGAUUUCUGAAACGGAUGUGUCCACAAAUGAUAAAUGCCUUAUUCGUACAUAAUGAUUUAAUUCUUCAUCUGUUAUGUCUCUCAUUGGUCUUAAUAGCUUAACAUCCUUAUCACGGCAAUCAGCAAAACCCUAAAAAAUUAAGGUAUUUUAAGAAAGAUAAGUAUUUAUUAUUACUUUACUUCUCAUUUGAAUUAAUUUCUAAACAAAAAGAGAUUAUUACAAUUACUACUGUAACACUACAAUUACUUCCUUAGUAAAUACUAAGAUUUUCCAAUUUUAGGAAUAAAUUCAUAAAAAGUCGCUAAAGCACUUACAAUAUCAUUUUCUAUUUGAGACCCUCUACCCAUCACAAUAUUUGAUAAUAAUUUUGCUGACAACUUGGUAUUUGUUUCAGAGGUAAAUAUUGAAUUACAUUCCAAAUCUUUUGCCAUCUUAUAUAAUACUUUUUGCCUAAUUCUAGAUAAAAAGUCUUUUUCUGCUGAGGGUGAAAUCUUAUUUAUAAAAUUAUUUAUAGUUGGCAUUCUGAAGUUAUUAUUUUUCACAGUGGUGUCUGCUUCAUUAUAAUUUUUGUACUCAGUAAUCAUACUGGAAAUGUUCAUAGAUAUUAAAUCAACAUUAUAUUUCUUGCAUUGAUUCGUGAUAAAGUUACAGACACUGUCAUCAGUUGAAACUAUUCCUAUAAGCAAUAAACAGUUAAAGUAAAGGAAUACCACGAAAUAGUAUAAAACGAUUAAGCGGAUGUAACAAAACCUACCAUUCACAUGUAAAAAUACUGGAGAAAUUCUUAAUUUUUUAUGAGUAUUUAAAGUUAUCCCAUUCAUAACUAAAUCAAGCAAAACAGUAGAAGAAAUAUCACCCGAUAAACAAAUCAACGUUUUGUUAUCGUAAAAUUUUGUGUUUUUACCAAUACAUGCCCUGAAUUUAUGAAUUAUAUUUGCUAUGAAACAUGCAUCACAAAAGAAGUAGACUUUUCUUAUAACUAAUGUUCCUUCACUAUUGCAUUUCUUGCACAACAUUUCAAAGCUUUUAAAUAUUAUAUUUGUAUGUAAUAAAUGGAAAAAGGAUUUUUAUUUCCAAAUUUAUAGGUUGAAGUUAAGAUUUGGAUUUUCGACUAUGUUACAGAUUACAGAUGUGUUAAAUUAAAUAAUACCAUUUGAGUUGACAUUUAUUACCACAGACUGAGACCUAAGACCAUAUUAAAAUUUACAUUUAAUUUUGGCACAAGCAUAAUAUGAUAUAAUAACAAGCUCAUAGCCAUAGAUAGCCCUUAAAUAAGAUAUGGAAAUUAACUAGACUGUAUGUUUGUUCAGAUUUUAUAUAAACCACUGACAUGGCUUACCUGGUUAUCCCAAAUUAAUAUAGGUGAAGGCGCGCGAUAUGCCGAUAACUUACAUGACAAUCUUAUGUAUGUGUGAAUGAAUAGCUGUAAGAACUUAAGAUAUCGUUUGAAACACAAUAAAUCCUAUUUGAAUA